AUGUUGAUUUAUAUCUUAUUCAUUAUUGGUAUUUAUUCAUAUGAUUGUUCACCUGGAUGUUCAAGUAGUUGUGUUUCAGAUGGAAGUUGUGAGAUAUGUAAAGAUGAGUAUUAUCAAGAUAGUAAUUGUAAUAUAUGUCAAAAUAUUAAUCCACAUCAACCUAUAAGUGAUACAAAUCCAUUAUUUAUUAAAAGAGAUGGUGUUUGUCAAAAAUUUUAUAAUGUUUAUCAAAAAUCUAAUUGGAUACCCUCAAACGAUAUUAUUCCUUUUCCUUUUAAUUCUGAACCUCUUCAAAUAUCAUUUAAUUCUUCAACAUUAUUUGAUGUAGGGCCUUGUACUUUCUCAGGAAAUAAACAAAAUCAGUAUCGUCCUGCUAAAUGGUUAAAAUUAGAUACAACUGGAAUGACAAAACAAGUUGUUGAUCUUCUUUUUACAUUUAAAAGUGAAUCUAAAGUAAACGUUUAUUAUGACUUAUCAGAUUCUUCUAUAAACACUAUUGAACCACACUGUCUUAUUAAAGGAUAUUUAUCACAAAAUGACCAAUCCAAUCAUUUUAAAUUUCCUGUUCCUAAUCAACAAGAAUUAGAAUCUCCUAUAUUAUAUCUCUUUCUUUCAUUGAAUGAAAUGGCUGAUGUCUCUUUAGAAAUUUCUUUCACAGAAACAUCUAAUGAGGUUAAUACUCCAUUCUUUUCUUUUGAUAAUACAUUGGUUCAAUCCUUAUAUUCAUCACAUUUAACUACAUCCUAUACUUUUCCAAUGUAUUCUAAAGGAGAAUAUAUUUAUCCAAUAUGUGCACCUGGAAGAUUAAUGAAAGUUAUGUUUUUUGAAACAGAAUUUAAAGGAGAUUUUUCUUUAUUGUUAGAUUCUACUAAGUCAAAUAGAUAUGUCUUUCUAGAAGAAUAUUCAAAGACAUCUGAUGGACUAACAAAUAAAUGUGUUAAUUUCUGGAAAGGAGAAAAUUUUGGGGUAUUAGCUACAAGAGGUAAAGAUGAAGGAUUAACAGUUAGAAUAGAAGGAGGUAAUGAAUUAUCAAAAAGAUAUUUCGCAUUAUUGUCAAGUGAAGAUGAUAUUGAUAUACAAAUAAAUCUUAAAACUAUUUGUCCAAAUGGUUGUUAUUAUAAUAGUUCACAAGGAACAUGUUCUGUAAGAGAUGGAAAAUGUUUAUGUAAAGAAGGGUAUGGUGGAGAUAAUUGUGUGUUAAAAUGUUGGUAUAAUAAUUUAUGGCAACCUUCUGGUAAUACAGGGAAAGACCAAUGUUAUUUUGGAAUUGAAGGAUGUAAUAGUACAUGCCAAUGUAUUGAAGGGUAUAGUCUUAAGGACCAUUACUGUAUUAGUACAGCAUGUUCAAAGAAUGAAAAAGGAAAAGGGGUUGAAUGUUUUAGUUAUAAUAAUCAUUGUUUGGCUAAUUGUAAAUGUCAAGAUGGAUAUAAUGCUACAAGUUUAUUUACAUGUGUUACUUCAAGUUGUGGUAAUGGAAUUAAUGAUAAUGAUGAAGAAGAAUGUGAUGGAGGAGAAUAUUGUACAGAAGAAUGUCUUUGUGAGAAAGGAUAUAAAACAGAUAGUAGUGAUAAAACAAGAUGUAUAAGUAAAACACUAAAGUGGUAUUAUCAUUUAGUGAUAUUAAUAGCAGUUAUGGUUGGAGUAAUGUUAAUAAUAAUUUGUAUUGUUUUAUUAGUGAUAUUCACAAGAAAAAGAAAAAAUGAUUUUGAAAUUUAUAAAAAACAACAACCACAAUACUAUCUUUAUCUUGGUGGUUCAGUAAAUAGUAAACCAUUAAAAGAAAACAAAUAUUCUAUAUUCCCUACUGAUCUAGAUUAUGGUAAUGAAGGUGUACCAACAGAAGUAUUUGAUACAAGAUUUGAAGAAAUAAUAAUUAAAAAUAAAAGUAGAAAUAAAUACAUGAUGAUUAUUGUUCAUACCCCUGAUAAUCCAAAAUAUGUAUUUCAUUUUAGUCCUCAAGUAACUAUUUUAUCUCCAAAAAGUCAAAGAAUAGUUACUAGUUAUAUGACUCUUAAAUGUACUACAAAAAUUAAAGAUAUGAAAAUACCAUACUCUGUGUGGUUCUCUAAAAAGAAAAAAGUAUUACUCAAAAUUAGUCAAAUCCUUCUUAACAAAACCUUCGAAAGUUGGACUCAAGAUGAUCAAAAAUUAUUGGAUAGUGAAUUAAAAUAUGUUAUUAAACGAUACCAUCAUUUCUUUAUUAUUAAAACUGAUGCUGCAUCUUCUACUCAUCUUGAUAUGGAUGAAUUAAAUAUGUCAGAAAAUCCUAUUGCUGAAGGAGCAACUAGUAAAGUUUAUAUUGGUAAAUAUAGAAGUAUUCCAGUUGCAAUUAAAAUGUUUAAAUGGGAAAAUUUAACUGAAGAACAAACAAUAGAUCUAAAACAAGAAGUAAUUAAUGAGUGUGAAUUAAUGAGUAAAUUAAGAAAUCCUUUCAUAGCAAGUUAUAUGGGAUCAGUUACUUAUAUCCCACAAAUAUCGAUGGUAAUGCAAUACUUUGUUUUAGGUUCAUUAGGAGAAUAUGUCAGAUAUAAUAAAGAUACUGAUAUUUAUCUUCCUUAUAAACUUAAAAUUAAAAUGCUUUUUGACACUGCUAGAGGAAUGCAAUUCCUUCAUGAAAAUAGAAUUGUUCAUUUGGAUCUCAAACCUGAUAAUUUGCUUGUUAACUCGUUAUAUUUUGAUUCUGCUUGUUGUAUUAAAAUUACUGAUUUUGGUACUUCCAGAAUAACUGAAAAAAAUAAAAUUGAUGGAAAUGAUAAUAAAGGACUUGGAACACCAGUUUAUCUUGCUCCAGAAUGUUAUGAAGAUGACUACUCAUUUGCUGGAGAUGUUUUUGCUUUUGCUAUAACUUCAUGGGAACUAUAUUAUCAAGAAGAGCCAUACAAAGAUUUUAAGUCAUUAUUCCAAAUCAAAGAAUUUGUUAAGAGUGGCAAAAGACUUCCUCUUGAUGACUCUAUGCCAUCAUUAUUUAAAGAACUCAUACAAGAAUGUUGGAAACAAAACAAAGGUGAUAGACUCAAUUUUGAACAAGUAUCUCAGAGAUUAGUUAAAAUUAUUGAUGAUGAGGUAAAUCAUCCAGAAUUAGAUACUAAUACAUAUGCUGAUAAAAUAGAAGAUUAUAUCAAUACAAGGUCAAAGAAGUUAGAUUCACUGUUAACUCUUGAUUGA